AGAGCGUGCAUUUGGGUUAAACUCUGAUGCCCAGCCCCACAUAGUCCUCGUCUUCUUCUGGGGUUUGGUGGACUGGUCAAGCUCAGCGUUUGGAAUUGGAAUUGGAAUGGACAUGGAAGCACAGAGGUUUUUAUGGGAAGGAGCAAUUCCUUUGCAGAUUCAUCUCCACGAAUCCGAAGUCACGACUCUUCCUUCUCCCCCGCCCGCCCUGAUCUUAGCUCCUCGGCUAGGGUACCUACCGUUGUUGGCCUCGCAUCUAAAGCCUUACUUCAGCACCGCACUUCCUCCUGGUGUUGACACUAUUUGGUUCGACUACAAAGGCUUGCCCUUGAAAUGGUAUAUACCAACAGGAGUUCUUUUUGAUCUUCUUUGUGCAGAACCAGAGAGACCUUGGAAUUUAACGGUUCAUUUUAGAGGAUAUCCAGGAAACAUAUUGAUCCCUUGUGAAGGUGAAGAUAGCAUAAAGUGGAACUUUAUUAACUCAUUGAAAGAGGCAGCAUAUAUAAUCAAUGGAAACUGCAAGAAUGUGAUGAACAUGUCUCAACCUGAUCAGGUGGAGCUCUGGCGCUCUGUCUUAAAUGGUAAUUUGGAAGCCUACCGACGGGUAUCUUCUAAACUUAAGCUUGAAGCCGUUGGGGAAAUGAACUCGAGCUCGCCAAGAUCCCGAUCAAGUAUGGGUGAAGUUGAUGUUUCUGGGCAGGCGAAGCCAGGCCGAGUUCCAGUUCGGUUAUAUGUUUGGAAUGUCAGUGAGGACUUUGAUGACUUAGAAGAUGCACCACCGAUUGAUAGUUGGGACAAAGUUUCUUACAUAAACCGGCCUGUCGAGAUACAAGAAGGUAGAUGCUUCACUUUACAUGAUGCAGUGAAGAGCCUUCUGCCAGACUAUUUUGUGGUCAAAUCCUUGGGCACUGCUGAGUCACUGACAGUAGUUGGUGAUGACAAGCAAAGAGUUUCAUCCGAAGAUGCAAGCGAUGAUAAAAAAGCCGAAGAGGAAGUAGAAACUUCAUCUGAUGACCAUGUAAAGGCUAGUUACGAACAUGAAGAGCCCGAAAUCAAGCUGGUUCGUAUACAAGGUAUUGAACCAAAACUGGAGAUACCAUUUUCUUGGGUGGCAAACAACUUAAUGCACCCCGAGUACUUUCUUCAUAUCUCUCUAUAUUUGAAAGUACCACAAGUCAAUAAUACUAUGUCAUAGGUGGCAUUUGUAAUCAUGUUUUCCAUGUUAUUGAAAGGCAUUUAUUGUAUAGAAUUGUACAGAACGUUAGUUGUCAAUGCAUAGAUUUUCAUCAUCCACUGGA